AAAAUAAUCUAACUAAUCAUGAAAUAAUUGAUACUAUAUUAACUAUAAAUGAGAAAAAGGAUUUGAUAGAUGAAGAUGAAUUUAUAUCUAUAUUAGAAAAAGUUAGUUUAAUAGAAGCGGAAAAUGCUGCAGAUAAAAUAAUAAGAUUUUAUAUGA